GCCCCGCCAUGGCGGGCGGCUGGCGCCAGCGGGGAGGCAGGGCGCUGCUCCGCGCUGGGCUGGCCGCGCUCCUCUGCGCUCUCCAUGUGCAGGCUGCUUGUCAGGAUGUCGCAGUCACACAGGAGCUGCUGAAAGAGGGCUUUCACAGGGACCUGCUGCUGAAGGUAGAACUUGGUGUAGUGGGGAAGGAUGCAGGAGGAUGCACUGUGGCAGCUAGAACUCGUCUUCCAUCAGGAAUCUACGUGGAUCCCUAUGAGCUGGCAUCCUUGCAGCAGCAGAAUUUAACAAAGGCAGUGCUAAUUCCUGAUGUCAUUGAUGUGGAGGCUCCUGAGUACUUAGCCACAGAUCUUCUUGUUCUCCUGUACAUGGAGCCAGACCCUCGGUGCUCUGGCUGUUUCAGCGCUGCCUUGCCUGUGCACGGGCGGUACCACCGGCCUGCAGAAGACAGUGAGGAAGCAUUGGUUGUUCUGAAGAGCCCAGAAGUACUGCUCUGCUGCUGUGACAAUGGUCUGUCAGCAGAGUGUUGGAAGCCUGCUGAGGUGGAAGCUCCCUGUUCAGGCAAAACCAGCGGUGCCUGUCAGUGGUACAGCACAAGGCACAAACCUGUGUAUCAAGAAUCAAUUCUGCAGGUUCCAGUGGGGCUCAGGCAGCACAGUUCCUUAGUGUGUGUCGUGACUCUUCUGGUCACAGUGCUCUGCUCCAGCCUGAUUCUCGCAGCGGCGUGCAAAUAUGGACACUUCCCCCUGGUGACCUGCUCAGAAUAAAGAAUGGAAGGACUGACCUCCAUCCAGCAAAAUGAACUGAA